GCAAGGCAUUGUGGGAGCGAGGGGCCGGAGCCUCAGACCGUCAACAUGUCCGACGUGGAUUGGGAUGCCGAGGACUUCGAGCCUCCCCAAGCCCAGCCUGCCAAAUUGACUGAUAAGUGGGAAGGAGAGGACGAGGACGACUCUGUCAAGAAGGACAACUGGGACGAUGAAGAAGAGGACAGUGAAAAUAAAGAUGACAAGGAUAAGAAAACAGACUCUGCAAGUCUCAAGAAGAAGAAGAAAAAGAAAUUAGCUGACAUUAUUGCAGAGAAGGAGGCAAAACAGAUAGAGGAGAAGGAGAGGAGAAAGAAGGAGGCAGAGGAUAGAGAAAAAGCCCUAUCGCCUGAGGAGAAGCUGGCCGAGAAACUAAGGAUGCAAAAGAUACAGGAGGAUGCCGACCUGCAGCUAGCCAACGACCUAAUGGGGACGACAGAGAGCACUGUGGAAGAGGAGGAUGUGUUACUGGACGGCCUAGAUAUCUCCACUAGUGACGGUUUAGAAUCCUUUAGAAAAGCAAUCAUCUCCAAGAUCAGAUCCACAGAGCGGUUAGAAAAGCGGCCGUUUUACAUCAGCUUUGUAGAAGACCUUAGUAGAGAAAUGUGUACGAACAUUGAAGUGGAAGAGGUGAAAAGAGUCUGUUCAGUCCUCAACAGCCUCUACAAUGAGAAAGUCAAGGCCAGUAAGCCAAAGAGUAAAAAGAAAGGAGGAGGGAAAGCCAAACUCAAUGUCGGUCAAGGAGCCAUUGCUGAUGAUGUCGGCAACGACUAUGGAUAUAAUGAGUACGAUGACUUCAUUUAGUGUAAUAUUACUUUAGACAUCAAUUACUAUUGUUUGGCUUUUGAAAGCUUUCAUUUGUAUAUACACAAACCCAGUGCUUUAUGGAUAGAAAAAGGUUAAUAAAUGACUCCAUUGGUAAGGGGCAAAACAGCGUUAAGAACAAGGAGGGGGAGGAGCGGACCCUUAAAGCAUUGUCCACAUCAAUUUGGGAAGGUCUUGGACACUUCAAGUUCAGGAUCAGGCCCCACUCUUCGUCUUCAUUUGUCUCUAGAUUUUUUAAUGGGUGGAUCUUGCAUCAUAUGCAAAGGCCACCUCAUCAUGGGUGUGGAGAAACAUUUCCUUCAUGCUCAAAGGUUACUGUGUGCUCUGUAACCCCAAGGAAAAAUGAUAGAGAAACCAAGUAUUUCUUCUCUACACGUGAUGUAGUGAUUGGUGAAGUGGUCUUGUUUUACAUGGACUGCAGGUUACACUUCAGGCUUCAUAGCCCUCCAUGAGGUUUAUGCUUUAGACCUGAACGUGAAAGAAAUAAUUUUUACCUAACUGUGGCUUUGGCAGCUUUACAGGGUUUUCUGAUCUUGUAAGCUGCUAGACAAAGCUUAUGGAAGAUCACAAAUAAGCUGCGUGGCUCUAUCAUGUGUGAAUACACCGGCAAAAUUCAUGCUUAAUAUUUGUUUCUCUUUUUUUCUUUGUUUUUCUUUUUUAUUGUUAUAUUUUAUUUUUUUAUAUGUUAAAUUUCCUUUUUCAUUAAUUUAGUUUCCUUUUUUUUUAUUGUUAGUUUUUUUCAUUGUCAUGCUUUUUAAAACUUGUGGCCUUAAAUUUGACCCCAUAGGCGGCUGUCGACAAAUACCUGUUGCACUUCAUGGCCUAUCCAUUCCUCCCAACCAAUGUUAAACAGCUUCAUUAUUUGGCCAUCUGUAGGAAUGUUCAGAAAUAGAUCUCUUAUUUGCUCAGAAAAGGAAAGUAAAAAGCAAGUUUGUGUUAAGGUUUCAUUUACUAAUAAACAUGUUUGUUAUUA